AUGACAUCUGCUGGCAAAUAUGCAACCAUCGGCAUCCUGUAUGACAUAGCGUGCCAGCUUCAUUGCAGCUGCAUUAAAUGGGGCCUCCUCGAUGACCAUCUGCUGGAUCACACUCAGUUCGUGACCUCAAUCUUUCACGCAUUCAGCCAUCAAUGGUCCUGCCAAGUCAUUUAUCACCUUCACAAGUGCAUUGACUUUGGUCUGACAGAUGGGGAAGGAUGUGAGCGAUUUUGGAGCUCCAUCCAACCUCUGAUUCUGACACUACGUGUUUUCAGGAUUGUUCAUGUUGGAUGCACAAGCAAACACCUCGACGAGCAAUCUCUCAUGCGACUUGGGCAUUGGCUCCAUCACAAGUUCACUCAGUGUCAAGACAAGAAGCAUGCGAUGCAAAAGGAUCUUGUGGACUGCCCAAUCGAUGAGAGUGUGUUACAGACAGAGUGGAAGGCUCAGAUCAAGAAAGAGAUAAAGCCAGCCCCUCGUCAGACGAAGAACCAUGCAAACCACAUCAUUGAGGUGAUCCUGACACUGCAGAGGAGUGUCGAUGCAUACAAGGCCACCAUUCGUGACUUGGAGGGCAAGCUCAUGAGGCCCAUGAAUUCCAUCAAUGUUGCUGAGCUCACCUUGCAACUGGAGGAAGCCUGUCAUGGAGCUGCUCAAACAUCCAACACCAUCGUGAGCAAAAAGGCCACGCUGGGCAUCAGUGACCACAUGAAGCUCAAGAGGCUUCUUAAUGAUGAGUUUCUGCAUAUCGGCAUGAAUGCGCAAGCUCUGAAGCAGCACAUUUGUGAUCGCCUGCGACAAUGA